UAUGUAAGUGCACUCCCCCACUUCCAAGCAGGCCGAUGCAGAAUUUAUCCCAGUUUAGUGCUGGAGUUUUCCACUGGAAAAAAAAGUUUCAGUCUAAUCCAAGGUGUCAGGGCACAGCACAAUCUCAGCAUUGAAAACUUCUGCAGCUCUGUGGAAAUGUUGUCUUGUUCCCCUUGCUGUGAAAUGAGCACACUUCAAUUUGGGAUGACUUUGCUUUAAGACAGAAAUUCCAUUCUAGCACCUUUACGUGACACUGGCCUACAUUUAUCUUCAUAUUAGUUUCAAGAAAUAAAAUGAGUUCUUCAGUAAGGGGCCUUGCAAGUCAUGCUUUGGUGAGCAGCCCUGAAAGAUUUAUGUAAAGUGACAAGCGAUUCACCAGAACUAGGUGUUCUUAAGUUGCUAGUAAUGCACCUAACAGCACUCAGUGUGCCCAGACAGGGCCUCGGGAGGAAAUUAAAAGCACUGGCGUUUCAUGAAGCAGGAAAAACACGCAGAUGUGAGACGUGUGGAGCUUAGAGAUGCUUAGACCCGUGGUGAUUUUUAAACCUGUAACUCCACAAAGAAUGGGAGAUGGCAGGCAAGAAGAAAGGAAUCCAGCUUCAGACCACAAUAUGCAACCAAAAUGAGUGGGAUGAAAUGUUGCUGACAAAAGGUGUAGUAGUAAUAGAUGUGUAUCAAGCUUGGUGUGGCCCUUGCAAAGCUGUGGUAAAUUUAUUCAGAAAACUGAAGAAUGACUUUAGUGAAGAUGAUGUGCUGCAUUUUGCAGUGGCAGAAGCCGACAGCAUUGAGACACUACAACCAUUUAGGAAUAAAUGUGAACCUGUGUUUCUCUUUUGUGUUAAUGGCAAAAUUAUUACAAUAGUGAGAGGUGCAAAUGCUCCUCUUCUAAGUAAGAAAGUAACAGAACUAGUACAAGAAGAGAGGGAAAUACUGGCUGGACAGAAGGAACGCCCCAAGGUGGAUGAACUUGUUUUCCUAGAAGAGAAAUUGUCAGAAGAGUCUAUUGAGGAAACUGUACCUGAGGAAGAAGAAGUCACAUACUCUGUUGGAAUUAUAAAACCUGAUGAUGUUUUGGAGGGACGUGUAGAGCAAAUUAAGCAAAAGAUUAGAAACGCAGGCUUUGGCAUUGCAGCAUCAGAAGAGAAAAUGCUAACUGAAGAGCAAAUCAGAGAAUUCUACAACAAGAAAAGAGAAGAGCCUGAUUUUGAUGAUUUUGUUCAAUUCAUGAUGAGUGGACCGUGCCAUAUUCUGAUAAUCACUAAAAAAAAAGCAACAGAUACUAUUCCUCUCUGGAAAGAACUGCAUGAAAUAAGUGAAAGCAUGCCUGGUGAGGCUGAGGCUGAAGAAACAGACAGGCUGGAAAGAACUGAAGAAAGUGAGACUAUAUCAAAUAUAUGUGAUGUGCCAGACAGUUUAGAAGAUGCUAGCAGGCAACUUGCCUUCUUUUUCCCUAAUUUUGAUAGAAAGAGCACAGAACAAAAAUUUGAAAAGACAUUGGCCUUAAUUAGACCUUGUGUCCUAAGGGAAAGACGGGAAUCCAUUAUGAAAAGCAUAAAAGAUGAUGGCUUUGAGGUAGCAAUGCAGAAGGAAAUAACCCUAUCUGAAGAACAAGCACGUGAAUUUUAUAAAGAACAUGAAAAUGAAGACUAUUUCCCAGCACUGCUAGAACAAAUGACCAGUGGUCCAACACUUGUACUUGCUCUAACACGACAAAAUGCUAUAGCACACUGGAGAGAGAUGUUAGGCCCAAAGACUAUUGAAGAGGCAAAGAAGAAAAAUCCAAACAGUUUACGUGCGAAGUAUGCAGUCGACAACUUAGCUAUUAAUCAGCUGCAUGGUAGUUCUUCACUCACUGAUGCUCAGAAGGAAUUAGAGUUCUUCUUCCCUCAGGAGCACACUUUGGCAUUAAUCAAACCUGCUGCUGCUAAAAGUCAUAAAGAUGAAAUUAUGCAAAAGGUUAAAGAUGCUGGAUUUACUAUCUCAAAAAUUAAAGAAGAAGCUUUAACUCGUGAAAUGGCUACACAGUUUUACAAGGAUCACGAAGGAAAACCCUUUUUUGAAGAGCUGGUGACAUGUAUGACUGAGGGCCCAUCUGUGGUAAUGGUCUUAACAAAGGAAAAUGCUGUCCAAGAGUGGAGGCAAUUAAUGGGUCCAACAGAUCCAGAAGUGGCAAAAGAGAGCUAUCCUGAAUCAAUUCGAGCUCAGUUUGCACAAAAUAUUUUGUCUAAUGCUGUUCAUGGAUCAUCUAAUAGAGAACAUGCACUGGAAAGCAUUGAGUAUGUUUUUGGUGAGAUUGAUAUAGAUUAAGAAAUUAGUAUUUGAUUUUUUUGAAAUUUAUAGUCAAGUCAUUAGAUACAUUUGUCUACCUAGACAUCUAUAUUUAACUUUAUAUGUACACACACCUAUUUUCCUCCAUAUUCCAUACUUUUUUGUUAUUAAGCCCAUUUCUGUGUAACAAGGAAUAUCUAUGUAACAAAUAAUAAGUACUAGAAAAUUGAUGUUAGUAGUGAUUUUUUCAUGUAUGCUUGAUAUAUAUAUUUUUUUGUUUGUUUUCAUCAAUCAACAAACGCAUGUUUUUCGAAUAGCCCAAGAGUCUGAUGUGUUUUUUAUACAAUUAUCUUAAAAACAAUGUCAAGGAAGGUCCUUAAAACACUGCUAGCGAUACACUGCUGUAAACACUUCAACCAAACUUAACUGGCUUUGCAAAGCUUUACAUUUGUAGCACUGAAGAGUUCUUUGCCUUGAAUUUGACCAGAAGCAUGAAUGACGGACACAGAACAGUGGUUAAGAUGGUUGUAAGGGAUCUCUGUACAUCAUCUAGCCCAGCCUUCUUCUUUACAUGGACCUAUAG